AUGAAGAUAAGACAACAAACAGAGGUGAAAAAUAGUAGUUAUAUGAUCAUGCAAUGUAAGAAAGGGAAAACAAACAAGUUCAAGAGGAGUAGUUCAAAUGUUGAAGAAGAUGGUGCUUCUGCUGCUAUUCUCUUACUUGCUUGUAUUGCUUGCACUACUACUACUACUACCUCUUCUCACCUAUGA